AAUGGAAAUAUAUACUUCACUCAUAAGUUAGAGAAAAAACUGAAAGGAUUUUGUAUGGCCAGAGAGACAGUUUUAUUGGGGCCAAUCACACCUUUCAUAAUAGAGCCUACUUUGCAUAAAAAGACAAGCAGAGGCUGGUAUAAACAAACCAAAACAACAUUACGAUUCAGAGUACGAGUUUGUAUGAAGUUUUUUUAAAUGAAAGCAAAUGAAAUUUGAAAAAAGAAAGCACAAAGACUAACAUUUGAACUUAAUAAACUUCAUUUAUUAAGCUACAUUCAACAUAUCCUAAUAUGGCCGAUAUUAAUUUCUUAGUUAUACUUAUGAUCAUCAAUACCAUAUUUGGUCAACCGCAACACGAAGGUCUCCAAGUAAGAACAGAAACAUUCAAAACAUCACCUGGGCCAUACACAAACGUUGAACCAAUGAUGAUAUCACUUGGGGUAAGAUCCAAGUUGCAAUGUUUGGCCCAGUGUGAUCGAACGGACGACUGUAGCGCUGUGAAUUACCACAAAGAAGAUAAAACAUGUGAGUUAAUACAUGCUCACGAUUUGAGAGAAGCUGAACAUGAUGAUAUCCAGGAUGGAUGGGUCAAAGGCUCUAAGUAUACCAAUGAUGAAGACUGUAUUAUUCCACCACCGGGACAAGGUGACCCACCGCCACAUGAUUGUCAAGGAUGGUACACAAGAGGUUGUCAUAGCAACGGAGUGUAUCCAAUCGCGCCUGACGAUAAUCACACUGCAUUUGAUAUCUAUUGUGAUAUGGACGAUGAUGGAUGGAGUGUAAUUCAAACAAGAUUAAACGGCAAUGAAAGUUUCUAUGAUAGGAACUGGCUCGAUUAUAAACGCGGUUUCGGAAAUCUGACUGAUGAAUUCUGGCUAGGCAAUGACUUGAUCCAUAUUUUGACGACAUCAUCAUUUUACGAGUUAAAAAUAGAACUAAAAACGUAUGAUGGGCAGUGGUACGACGCUCAUUUCUCAGAAUUCUCAAUCGGCAAUGAAACGGAGUUAUAUGAGUUAUUCAUCGCAGAUUACAUAGAGGGCGAUGCUGAUUAUGGUCUAGACUUAAACGAUGGCUUGCAAUUUUCCACAAUUGAUUCUGACAAUGAUUAUGAUAUGGACAACUGUGCAGGCGACUUCAACAUGGGAGGUUGGUGGUUUGAUACAUGUGCGGCGAGCGAUUACCUGAAUGGUAAAUAUAGUCCAGAUGGGGGUUUGAAUAGUAUGCAGGGUAUCAAGUGGAUUCAGCUGAAUGGUGGAACGGGGAUGUCGCUAAUGGCAACCAUAAUGAAAGUGAGGCUGCAGCCGGAAUAUUAUGAUGAUCAUUAUGACUAUUCCUCAUACUCCCCCUCUUACUCAAGCCCGUAGCCAGGAAAGGUUUGGCACCCCUUUGGCCAAAAAUCCUUUCAAAAAUCAAGCAGUUUUCACCCUUAUGAAGACUUUUUCAGUGAUUUUGGGCCAAAGCUGUCAAAUAGGAGCUCCAUGGAUUUUUUGGAAAGGUGAACCGCCCUUGACAAAAGCUGGCCAUGGGCCUGUUACUAAAGGGUAUAACUGCAUGAUUUUAGACUAAAGUAAUUAAAUGGACCAAUUGCAAUCAUUCACAUCCUAACCCUUGGAAAAACACCCGGGGAAAACAGCUAUGAUGUAUUUGGAAAGUAAGGUUAUGUCCAAGUGUAAUGAUUGUGUAUGUUAAACAUAUUAAAAUUCAAUAAAAUAUAUUUAGGAUGAGCUUUUGAUUGAUCCUUUCAGA